AUGAAGAUUAAAAAGAAAAAUAAGAAUAUGUGGUAUGUGUCUCGAUUCAUAGAAGAGCACAAUCACGAGUUGUUAUUGUCAAAGUUUGUUGAGUAUCUGAGGUCCCACCGAAAGAUUUCUGAUUUUGAGAAAGCACAGUUAAAUAGCAUGAGGGAAAUUGGUAUAAGUAUCCCCAAAAUAUAUGAAUCGUUUGCUACACAGGCCGGGGGCUUUAAUAUGGUUUCUUUCACUAAACAAGACAUGUAUAAUGUGUUAAGGAGGCUACGGGCUAUGCAAAAUGGAGAUGUCAAUGCCACAUUUCGUUAUUUGGAGGGCAUUGCCCAAGUGGAUGAAAAGUUGUUUUGGCGUUACAAGACUGGGCCGAGUAAGCAACUUUGUGAUCUAUUUUGGAGUGAUGGAGCUAGCCAGGAAGAUUAUCGGAUAUUCGGUGAUGUACUUGCUUUUGAUGCAACGUACGGGAGAAACAAGUACAACCUACCAGUUGUUGUGUUUUCUGGGGUUAACCACCACAAUCAGACAUGUGUUUUUGGUGCUGCCAUGGUUUCACAUGAAUCACAGGAGUCGUAUAAUUGGGUAUUGGAGAGGUUUUUGGAAUGCAUGAAAGGGAAAACACCUAAUGCAGUAAUUACAGAUGGAGAUCCGGCAAUGGGAAUUGCAAUCCAAAAGGUUUUUCCCGAGGCCCAUCAUAGAUUGUGUGCAUGGCAUCUUUUGAGGAAUGCGACGGCAAAUAUUUCGCAGCCUCAGUUCACUCAGUUGUUUAGACAAUGCAUGUUGGCUGAUAUUGACAUACAUGAGUUUGAGAAGCAGUGGGAGGCUAUGUUGGAAGAGUGUGGUGUAAGGGAGGUCGAAUGGAUGAGGGACUUGUAUGCGAAAAAGUACUCUUGGACUACGGCUUACAUUAGGGGUCGCUUUUAUGCGGGACUAAGGACUACUUCACGAUGCGAGUCUUUGCAUACAAAGUUGGGGAGGUUUGUUGAGAGUCGUUAUGGCAUACUAGAGUUUAUAACUAACUUUCAGCGAUGCAUUGAUUUUUUGCGAGACAACGAGGCAGAGUUGGAUUUUAGGUCUUGUUAUGGAACACCAGUGCUUCAAACUGAGUUUGUUGAGCUAGAGAAGUCAGCCGCAUUGAAAUUCACUCGUGAGAUAUUCUUUAGAGUUCGUGAGUCUCUUAAGCGAUCGGUGCGGAUCAAUAUCAAUGGGUGCAAUCACACAUCGAAUGGCGAUGUAUUUUUAGUUGAGAAAUAUCGUAAGUCGGGGUUGAAUUGGCAAGUAUUGUAUGAUGGUCAAGGGCAGAAGUUUGGAUGUAGUUGCAUGAGGAUGGAGUCCUUUGGUCUGCCGUGCAUCCACAUACUAGCUGUUGUCGUUAGGCUGAAUCUGUGUGCGAUUCUGGAUAGUUUGGUUCUAAAGAGGUGGUCGAAAAUAGCAAAGAGUGAAGCAGAUCAUUGGUCAAUUGUUAAUGAAGCUGUUAACAAGGACAUUUUAUAUAAGAGAAAGGUGGUUGCAUUUUUACAUCUGUGCACGCGGUUAGUAAAGUUUUCCUGUUUUGACGAGCAUGACUUCAGAGUGUAUGCAGAGAGAAUUGUGAGGGAUACCUCCAUGUUGGAGUCAAAGUACGGUGUUGCUAGGGAAUCUAGUGGAGCAAGUCAUGUUUGGGGAGAAUUUAGCAGAAUAAAUGAUCCGGUACGUGUGAGGACAAAGGGAACUGGGCAUGCAAACAUGUCAUCGACAAUGACGGGGAAGAAGAGGCGCAAAUGUAGCAAUUGUGGUCGUCUCGGACACAGGAGGACCCGUUGCACCAACGCACCAGCGUCAUCCGCAAUGGACAAUAGAAAUGGUGCGGUAAAUGGCAGUGAAACUGGCAAGGACGGGGCUGAUACCACAGGCCAUGUAAAGCUGUCUACGACAACAGAUGGACUCUCCAAGUCUUUUGUGUGA